UGGAGGGUUUCACCAUCGAUUUAAAAGCUGGAAUUUGGAAAGGAUCGCAAGGUUAUAAUAUAAAAAACAAAAGAAGACAUUCAAGACAAACUACAGAUUAAAAAGGCAACCGGACAUGCGUGGACCCUGGAUUCAUCCUGAACAAUAGUUUUCUUUCACUUCAGAUCUCACACAAGCCUCAGAUCUUUCCAAUUGACUACCAAUUGCCUUUCUUAUUAACACAUUUUCAAUGUUCGUUUUGAAAAUUUCCCUUUCUUCCAAGCAAGUAACUUGCCCUCCAAUUCAAUAGCUUUCUAAAUUUCCGAUCUUUAGCAGCCAUCAUCGAGUCCUGCACCAUGAACUCUGAGAAGCCAUGGAUUGUGCUGGUUCCUAGUGCGGGCAUAUCUCAUAUCUUGCUGUUCAUCCGCUUUGCUGAGACCAUCGUCGAACAUGGCUUCAACGUCGUCUUUGUUGCCACCAAAUCCACAGUCUCAUCUGCAGAAUCACACCAUAUUUCCCAAUUCCUUUCAUCUUCUCCAAGCAUACAACCUCUGCGGUACGACCCUCUUCCCCUGAACCCCGACUUUUCCCACCACAAGACCGCUGAUCCAUACUUCCUACAGUAUGAUGCCUUGAGCCGCUCGAAGGACGAACUUCUCCCUCUGCUAAGCGAACUUGCUACCAAGGCCCCCAUCGCUGCCUUCAUCUCCGACAUCUUCCUUGCUUCAUGCAUGUGCGACGUUGCAGAAUCACUCUCUAUACCGAACUACGUCCUCUUCUCCUCCUCUGCAACCAUGCUUGCUUUCAGUACCUGGUUCUCAAGCUCCGAACCUAAUGGCGACCCGAUCGACGAAAUUCGGAUUCGGGGCGUCGGUGCCUUCCCGUCUUACUAUAUGCCGCCGGUCUUAAGGAACCCCAAGCACCUCUUCACCACCAUGUUGCUCAAAAACAACAGCGCUCUCAGCAGAGCAGCUGGAGUUCUCAUUAACACAUGCUGUAAUUUGGAGGCAGAGUCUCUACAGGCACUCAAUGGUGGGAAGGUUGCGCCGAUGUCGUUGCCGAGCGUGUUUCCCAUAGGCCCGUUGGUGGGUCGAAGGCCCGCCGGCGGCGAGAGUUGUGCCCAUGUGACCGAGUGGCUGGACGAGCAGCCUGAAGGCACUGUGCUGUAUAUCAGCUUUGGGAGUCGCCACGCUCUGGCGCCUGAGCAGAUUGAGGAGUUGGCCAAUGGGCUGGACAUGGCUGGCUGCAACUUCUUGUGGGUGCUCAAGACCAAGAUUGUGGACAAAGAGGAGAGCCAAGGCGAAGCUCAGAAUGUGUUGCCUGAUGGGUUUGUGGAAAGAGUUAAGCCCAAGGGCCUGGUUGUAGACAGUUGGACCGACCAAGAAGAAGUGUUGGCCCAUGGCUCGGUCGGUGGGUUCCUCAGUCACUGUGGUUGGAGCUCAGUGGUUGAGGCAGUGUGGCAUGGGGUGCCCAUCUUUGGAUGGCCACAGUUUGGAGAUCAGUUGUUCAAUGCUAUGGUUGUGGAGAGUAGUGGACUGGGGUUCUGGAAAAGGAGUUGGAGAGGGUGUAAUGGAGGAGGGCUGAUCAAGGGCGAGGAGAUUGGCAGGCAACUGAGAAUGUGGAUGGAAGACAAGCAUGUGAAGGAGCACGCCCGGCGGCUGCAGGAGGCGGCUCGGAGGUCCAUUGGCGUGGCCGGAGACUCCCAUAGCACGCUGGCCGAACUCAUGGGUAGAUGGAAAGCAGUUGCAUAGUCUUGGAACCUUGUUCUCCCUAAUGAGUUAGAUGUGGAGGUUGAAUUUGGAGUGCCAAUUUAAUAAAUUAGAUGCAGAAAUUUGUCUAGUACGAAUGACUACUUUGGUGGUUUCAGAAAGUAUCACUAUUACCCGAGUCUCUUUUUUCGCCCUUCUGUCACACGAAUGGCAGGAGCAGGAAUGGAAACCUCCAAUUCUUUUGUUCGGGGAACUACUGAAUUUGUUCAUCUUCAAAGAAAAGCAAUUUCACGGGAGGCCAUCCUUUCUCGUUUCUGUGUUGUUCCUAACUGUUUGUUGAAAUGCCUGUUCGACAGCAGCAAUUUGAACGACACAUUCCUUGUUUCGUCUGAUGCCUGUUCGUAUUUUCCUUUAUUUCCUUUUCAGUCGAAUGUAAUGACAUUGCUUCACGCAUCUUUUUGUUGUUUCUUGUGUCGUGAAAAUGUUUCUUAGUAAUGAUAAGGUUGUAGAGUUGGAUUUUUCUAGCU